AUGAAAUCAUCAGAAAAUCCAUUGCAUUUAAUUCAAUCGAGUUAUAAUACAAAUGUAAUAACAAAACAACCACAAUCACAACAACGACAAAAUAUACAACAGGAUAUUGUUGAAAAUUUUAGUCAAGGUGAUAACCACAGUAAUACUGGGGGAAGUAAAGCAAAACGAAAAUCAUCUGUACAUGACGUUAGUGAAGUAUCAAAAGAAGAAUUUAGUAAAAUUCUAAUUGAUUUACAUGAAGGUUUUGCUCGUUUAAGAGAACAUUUAGAAAAUCUUAAUUAUUCAACUAUUCAAGAUUCACAAUAUUUAGAAGAAUUAAGAAAAUCCAAAAGACAAUUAAUUAUGAAUAUUAAAAAUGUUAUUGAUAAAAAAAUUAUUCAAGAAACAACAUUAGCAUCAAGAAGAUCAUCGUUUGUUCAAAAACAAGUAUUAAAUAAUUUAUAUGCACAUCAUGUCAUCUAUCUUAUCGAAUACUUUCGUACUGAGUUAUUUAAAACACACUAUUUAUUCAAUACAUUUACGUUAUCUUCAUCAUUAAAUUCAUCGAAUCUUCUUGUUGAUAGACAAAAGAGUGUGGCAUUGACAGAAGAUAUGGUAGAAUUCAAAAAAGAUAUGGGCGAUUUAGAAGAUUAUGCCUAUAUACUUGGACAAAAAUUUUAUUAUCAAAUACCGGAUAUAAAUCAUGGAAAUGGUGGUAAGUAA